AACAAAUGCAAUCCAGCCAUGGACAAUAGUGGCCACCACACGGCGACCAAAAUCCUAGCGACUCCUCCGGCCAGAGAAAGCCUGUCUGCCAGGAGCAACAUGAUCAGCACGCCCAAGCCCCUCGCCUUCUCCAUUGAGCGCAUCAUGGCGCGGACGCCAGAGCCCCGCUCCAUCCCCGUCCCGCAGCUCCUCCACGGCUCCGUGGCCAAAGGCGACCCCAAGCACCCGCUGCACCUCAACUCCUCCAUCCCCUGCAUGAUCCCCUUUGUCCCGGUGGCGUACGACCCCCUGCCCAAAGCGGCGGUGGCCGGAGCGGAACCCAGGAAGGCUCAUUUAGACUCCUCUUCCUCGCCCUCCUUUAGCUGCGGCGAUCUCUUGAACUGUGCCCUGAGCUUGAAAGGAGAUUUCCCCCGCGAUGCCCUGCCCUUGCAGCAGUACAAACUGGUAAGACCCCGAGUGGUCAAUCACUCCUCCUUCCACGCCAUGGGAGCCCUGUGCUAUUUCAACCGAGGCGACAGCCCUUGUCACCCGUCCUCCAGUGUCAACAUCCACCCGGUAGCUUCUUAUUUCCUCAGCUCUCCCCUGCACCCGCAGCCCAAGGCUUACCUGGCGGAGCGGAACAAGCUGGUGCUGCCGGCCGUGGACAAGUACCCGGCGGGGGUAGCCUUCAAGGACUUGUCGCAUGCUCAGCUGCAGCAUUACAUGAAAGAAAGUGCUCAGAUCCUCUCGGAAAAAAUCGCCUACAAGACCUCGGAGUUCAGCCGCGGCUCCCCGAGCAGCAAGCCCAAAGUUUUCACGUGUGAAGUUUGUGGAAAGGUAUUCAAUGCACAUUAUAACUUAACUCGCCAUAUGCCGGUGCACACGGGGGCCAGACCCUUUGUUUGCAAAGUUUGCGGGAAGGGCUUCAGACAGGCGAGCACGCUCUGCCGGCACAAGAUCAUCCACACGCAGGAAAAGCCACACAAGUGCAACCAGUGCGGCAAAGCCUUUAACCGCAGCUCGACCCUGAACACGCACACGCGAAUACACGCCGGCUACAAACCUUUUGUCUGUGAAUUUUGUGGCAAAGGAUUUCACCAGAAAGGCAAUUACAAAAACCAUAAGCUGACUCACAGCGGGGAGAAGCAGUUCAAGUGCAAUAUCUGCAACAAGGCUUUCCACCAGGUGUACAACCUGACCUUCCACAUGCACACCCACAACGACAAGAAGCCCUUCACCUGCCCCACCUGCGGCAAAGGCUUCUGCAGGAACUUUGACCUCAAGAAGCACGUCCGCAAGCUGCACGACAGCGCCCUAGGAUUGCCCCGGCCCCCCGCCGAGCUGGGAGGGCCCGACCAGCCGCCCCCGCCCGGGCCGCUGCUGCAGGGCCCGCCGCUCCAGCCGUGAGGGGCGGCCGCCAGCGGGGAGGGCCGCUCCGCCGGUGGGACCACGGUUGGACCCCGGCCGCUGCCCGCCCGCCUCUUUGCAUGCACCUGUUAAGCGGUUUUCGUGUAUUAUGCUCUAUAUCGCCACUAACGCUUACGGGACUGAUUGUUUCCUUUUUUUUUUUGUUGGUGUUUUUUAAAGACUCUAUUUUAUGUUGUCGUUGCAUCUCAGGUAGAGAGAUGGUUUUAAAAAAAAAGAAAAAGCGCCAAGCCAAUUUCUGCUGUAUUUAUUUGGGAUCUGUAUUACCCGAGCCGGGAACGCUGCACCACUUUAAUUAUUUCGAUGUAUAUAUAUUUCCAUUGUGUUGAUCCUGCCCUGUCUCCGCUGCCUGCUGGUUAUUCCCCCCACCCCACCCCCCUUGGUUUCCUCCUCUCCCUCUCCCCCCUGAAUAUCGUA